UAACCACAACUUUAACCUUAUAUAAAAAACUGGCCGUUUAAACCCUACUCAAACGCCCAAAAUGGGCGCCAGCAUCCACUACUUCAACUAUUUCUACGGCCACAGCCAGUCCUCAAAAUUCCCAACCUCCUCAAAAUCCCUCAAAGCGCGAAUCUUCAACUACGUUUUGUACCCAAUUUCUUGCACAAUUCUUGCCUUCAUGUUGUACAAUUUUCGGUACAUGAACGACAAUAUUUUCAAAAUCGCCAGAAAUUGCCAAUCGAUCACAUCCUUUGGCCAGAUUUUUACGCGUCACUUCAUCUACGCCCAGCACUCUUUUUUGUUAGAAAACCUCCUGAAAAACACCGCAAAAAACUGGAAAUAUGACCCAAAAAACCCACUUUUUGGGCACAAGACCUGGACUCGUGUAAUCCUCGUCAAAAGUCUCAAAAUCAUGUCAUUUUUCGUGGUCACUUUUAUUAUAAUUUUGCCGUUUUUUUGCCAAGAUAUCGAUUUGCCGCAAGCUUGCUGGGUGCCAGGUUCUGGGCACAAAAUGCAACUUUUGAUCUAUUUUCUGCAAUCGGUUUGUUUGCUCGAACCGAUGAUUUUGCUCGACAUGGUCGAUUCGGUGUUUCUUCUGACUGGAGUGGAGCUCGAAAUACAGUUCAUUUUAUUGCGGAAAGCGAUCAAAAAUGUGCAAAUAAGCGAGCAAGAAAACCAAAAUUUUUGUAUGGGGAAAUUGAAAUUGUACGCAUCUUAUCACCAGUUUCUCUUAGACCAACACACUGUAUUGAAGCAAGCUUUUUCGUCCUUUUUCUUCCUGCAAUAUUUGGUGUCGGUGCAAGGACUUUGCGUUGAAAUUUUUGUGAUCAAACAAGCCUCAACGAUCGAGCAAAUUUUUUUCUCAGCUACUUAUAUUGUAGCCAAUGCUAUGUUUCUCUCAUUUGCAUUUUUAGCAGCAAGUUAUCUCGAAAUUGAGGCUGAGGCUUUGCCUCACGCAAUUUAUUCAAUUGAUUGGUAUAAUGGUGACGAGAAAUUAGGGAAACACGUUCUUUUUAUGUUAAUGAGGGCCCAAAAGCCCUUAAUAUUGACUGGAGCUGGAAUGUUUGCAGUCACGAGAAAUGCCUUACUUCAGGUUUAUCGGCUUGCGUUUUCAAUUUCCACGCUUUUAAAGCAAGUUUAAUUGAGUUAAUUAGGAGAAUAAUUGAACACAAGUGCACAAAAAAAUCACAAACAUUAAAAAAAAUAAAAAAAUAUUUUUUUUCUUCUUUAUUUUAAUAGUCGUUAAAUUAAUGAUUCAAAAUGACACACUAAUCAACUUUUAACUUUAAUUUUUUGUAGGUAGUACCAAACAACUGUAUCUUUUUCUGUCUUUAGAAAAAAAAAUGCCUAAAAAAUUUUUUUUUAUUUUUUUCUUUAAGUUAAACUUAUGUUUAAGGCUCAAAGAACACGCUAAUUAAUUCAUUGUACGCAGACACAAUAAUUAAAACGAACUGAAAUUGGUGCCUGAUGAUGAAGGGCCGAAACAGGUCCCUUUAAAAAAAAUUUAAAAAAUAUUUUUUUCCUUCUUUAUUUUAAUAGUCGUUAAAUUAGUCGUUAAAUUAUUGAUUCACAAUGACACACUUAUCAGCUUUUAACUUUAAUUUUUUGU